CGGCGAUGUCGGGGUAACGCCGGGCGGCCAUGGCGCGGGGGGGCGGCCCGCCGCUGCGGCGGCUGCUGCUGCUGCUCCUGCUGCAGCUCCUGGCGCUCCCCGCCGGCAGCGGCAGCCGCGCCGGGCCCGACUCCAUGUAUGUCUCUGAGUACUUCUCUCAGAGUGCACAGAAGCUGUCCUUCUACAGCUGGUAUGGGAACGCUAAGCUCUUCCACUUCCAUGUGCCGGAAGAAACUGUGCUGCUUCGCUGGCUUCUGCAAGCAUCCCGGGGAAAAGGACCUGAGUGCACCGACAUGGAGAUCACAGUGCACUUUCGUUAUGGGGCCCCUCCUGUAAUUAACCCACUGGGCACUCGUUUUCCUGCUAAUGCCACUGUCCGUCCUUCCUAUAACAUCAGCAUCACUCUGAGCAGUGCUGUGCAGAACACCACAUUUGUGAACAUCACCAGCCCUGCUGCUGGAGACUGGUUCAUCGCUGCCCACCUCCCUGAGGCUGCUGGCAGGAUUGAAGUGAAGGGUUUCUCCACUCCAUGCCCCUAUAUGUUCCAGGCAGAUAUGUUUGUGCUCAGACUCACUGAUAUGCCUGUUCUGGAGCCUGGUGUUGCCAUGCCACAAACAGUUGUCUCGCCUGCUAAGCCACUGCAUGUCAAGGUCUUCGUUCCCAAGCAUGCUGCGGGGAUGCGGUUUGAGCUGCGAAGCUGUGUGGCAAGCGAGCGGAAAGCGUGUGCCGUGCGGGUAGUGCUGGGCUCCAUCACACUGCCCCAGUCCUUCCAGAAGAUCAUCACCUGCACUGGGAACGUAAACUGCAGCUUGGCCCUGGAGUCACCCCCCUGGGAGAAGUGGCUGCAGAUCAUGGUGGAGAGUCUUGGCCCUGCCAAUGCCAGUGUGUCUGUGCAGAUGCUGGCUUCUUUCACAGCUUGCAGACCAGGAAGUACCAGUUCAUUUCUUAACUUCAGCAGCCUAAACCAGAGCCAAACUGGUCCCAGACCAGGUAGCACAGGAGCAGCAGGGAGCUCCGCUCUGUCUGCCACAGAGGCUUCACACAAUGUCUCUGGCCAGAGGAGCUUCUGCCUGCAGAACCAGCCCGUCGUUCGUGAGGAUCUGGAUGUGGUGUCUGUGCGCUACAGGCUCUUGAAUGGUCCCAGUGUGCCUGUGAACAACCUCUCCCCGACCCUGCUCCUCCUCAGCCUGAACACUGGCAUGGACAGCGGGGGUUCCCUCGUGAUCAGUCUCUUGCUUAACAAGACAUCCGUGAACCUGGCCAAUGCCUCCGUGGUAGCAUGUGUGAGUGCUGCUUCACCGGUGCUGUCCUUCAAUGCCACACACAACUGCAGCACAGCUUUUUUCCAGGGCUACCCUCUGAGUGUGAGCACAUCCUCUGCGGAAGCGACGCUGAUUGUCCUGUACCCACAGACGGAUGACUGGUUCCUCUCCCUGCAGCUCACCUGCCUGAAGGGCCAGGGUCAUUGUAAUGCUGCAGAAGCCAAAGUGACCGUCUUUGCAUACCUCACCCCCUGCUUCAACGACUGUGGGCCGUACGGACAGUGCAGCCUCCUGAGAAGACAUGGCUACCUCUAUGCUGGCUGCAGCUGCAAGGCUGGUUGGGGAGGGUGGAGCUGCACGGACGAUGCCAAGGCCCAGUCUAUCAGUGUGCAGAACCUGGCCACCCUCCUGCUCACCCUAAGCAACCUCAUGUUCCUGCCGGCCAUAGCGGUUGCUGUUUAUCGCUACUACCUGGUGGAGGCCUCCGUCUACACCUACACCAUGUUCUUCUCCACGUUCUACCAUGCGUGCGACCAGCCAGGCAUCGCGGUGCUGUGCAUCAUGGACUACGACACACUGCAGUACUGUGACUUUUUGGGCUCUGUGGUGUCCAUCUGGGUGACGAUCCUGUGCAUGUCCCGCGUGAAGAAGAUCCUGAAAUACGUCCUUUUCGUCUUGGGGACCCUGUUAAUUGCCAUGUCCCUGCAGCUGGACCGCAGAGGGGUGUGGAACAUGAUGGGUCCCUGCCUCUUUGCCCUCGUCAUCAUGGUUGCAGCGUGGGUUUACCAUGGCGUGAAGCGCAGGCACUGCUAUCCCUCCUCGUGGAAGCGCUGGGUUUUCUACCUCCUCCCAGGGAUCACCUUGGCUUUCAUUGCCAUCUCAGUAUAUGCAUUCAUGGAAACCAAUGAGAACUAUUACUACACCCACAGCAUCUGGCACGUGCUGGUGGCUUGCAGCGUUGCUUUCCUGCUUCCUCCUCGGGACAAGCAUAAAAAGCCCUGGGCCUGGUCACAGAAGCUCACUUGUCGCUAUCAGAUCUGCCAGAACGACCGUGAGGAGCUGUACGCUGUGACAUGAACUGUUCUGCUCCUGGUGGCAGAGGUGGAGGCUGCUGAGGUUGCUCUUGGCCUGGGCUGCCCCUCUCUCGCACGUCAGCAAUCCUCUUACGUGCUUGGUCACUGGCUGGGAGGGCGCAGCAUACACCAGGUUUAAAGAUGAAGGUGGUGGGCUUGUCUUGUAAGGGCAAGCUUGAGGCCACCUCUGCUUUUCUGCUGGGAUGGGGCAGGCUCUUUGUGGUUCUAGAUCAAGGAAUAGCCUGUCCUGCACCUCCCCAUGGCCCUGGGGGAAAUCGCCAACCCAUCUUCCCCUCCUGCUGCAUCCAUGAGGCUUGGGCUUAGCCCGCACUGAGCUGCACCCCCUUUCCUAGCAGAGGGCUGUGAGGCAGGGGUUUCCCCUGCUGUCCUGCAGUCAGCAUUUGAACCCAAGAAAGAUGGGUUUCUUCUGACCUGGGGGACAAACACUGCCUCAUGCCCUUGGUGCUGGUGGGGAGGAAGCUGAUCCUGGUGUGUACGGGGCCCUUGUCUGCCAUCUCCACGGGGGUCUCGAGCCUCUCUUGCUACGAAACGGGCAGUGCUGCUCUUA